AUGUCCUCUGGACAAUCCCACCCACGUCUGAAUCUUUCUACACAGCUGAAUGAGGAGAGUCCAGGCACUAUAGAGUGCGGGGAUACCAAUACUCCAAACCUGCUACUGCAUUUACAACCCCAACAAAAACCAUCCUUUCUCAAAAAUAGAUUAAAAUCAUCACAAUCACAACUACUUAGGCCCGCGGCUCAGUCACUCUCAAAAUCAUCUGACCCUCAUAAUUCAGAUAAAAAUCUCAACAUCGCAUUAAACCAUCCGCAACAAUUCACAUUGGCAUCAACCCUUGCUUCGCAUGAUCGUAGGGAUACCAAGUGUUUUAGUAGAACAGUGCCAACAACACCCAUGGUAGACCCAGGGAUCGAAUCUCCACUAAUCGCACGCAAACAUUCCUUGGGAAAACUCAAUAUUAGAUCGCAAGUAUUCCGCGGUAACAAUUACUUUACAAGCCCAACUAGAAGACACUUUAAUACUUUUAGAACCACUGGAGAUGCAAUUGGAAUUGGAAAUGGAGUUGAAGAUGGAAUGGAUAAUGACAAUAACGCUAAUGUUAAUUUUAAUCUGAAUGCUAAUUAUAAUAUCAAUAACGAGCUCGCAUCACUAAAAACCUCAAGAACAUUUGAUUCUUUAGCCUCACACAUGCUUGCAGCGUCUUCCUUGAACUUGCCAUCAUUACUGACAAUUCGAGACUUUUAUAACGAUUUCACCACAAUAGAUUGGACAAAGGCUUACUUAAAAGGAAACCAAUUCAAUUACUCACUAGAAAAGAAAAAGUGGAUUGGAAAACAUGACCCCAGUGACUGCACAAAUAAUGGCAGUGAGAACAAUAAUACAAGCGGUGGCAACGAUUUCUUGGGCUACAAAGACAUACAGUUGGGCAAAAAAAUCUCCACUUUACAAAAACAAUAUUUUACACUAGGGAGAUGGCUUCUCAUUGUUCUUAUUGGUUUAUUUUUUUCAAUCAUUGCUUAUGUUAUUGACAAGUUUGAAAUAUUCUUUGUGGGCGUGAAAUACGGUUAUUGCAGGACCAACUGGUUGGCCAGUCAAAUUGCAUGCUGCACCAACUUUGACAAUUCCAUAUUCUUGUCUAGCGCAACGCAAAACUUUUCUACUGGAGAACAUUGUUCUGGUUGGAUCAGCUGGUCUGAUUAUUUCAAGGAAGAAUGGGCUGUUCCACACCUCAAAUUGGACUAUGUAAUCUAUGUUGUGCUCUCAAUAAUUUCGGCACUAUUAGCAUGCUUAAUUACUUUAACAACUAAAAUAUCGGGUGGUGCAAUGGACGAGUCAAGGGAAAAAACGGACAAAUAUAAGCACAAUUCCAAAAUCCUAGCACCAGCUUCAACCACCAACGACAUAACCGUCAACAUGCCUAUCACUACUACUACUACAACACCAGCAACAACACCGGCAACACCAGCAACACCAGCAACAACACCAACAACACCAAGCAACAAUAACAUCAAGCCCAGAGUAAUAUAUACUGCCAAUGGGUCCGGCGUGCCUGAAGUUAAAACCAUACUUUCUGGUUUUGUUAUUCGUCGUUUUCUAGGUGUCUAUACAUUGAUUGCAAAAACAGCUGCAUUAAUCUUUGCUAUUGCAUCUGGAAUGUCUUUGGGCAAAGAAGGACCAUAUGUGCAUUUGGCUACAUGUAACGAUUUCUUUGAAAAGCAGAUUCUCUCAGCAAGUGCUUCCGCUGGUGUUGCCCUAGCAUUUGGCUCACCUUUAGGUGGUGUUUUGUUUAUCUUGGAAGAAAUUAACAACUACUUGCCAAGUCAUCACUUGUUCCAGGUGUUUUUCUGUGCUAUAAUCUCAACGUUGUUUCUCAAAUUCCUCGACCCCUACGGUACAGGAAAAACGGUAUUAUUUGAAUUGGAAUAUAGCUCGGAUUGGAAACCCAUUGAACUAGUCUUUUUUGUUUUAAUAGGUAUGUCAGGUGGCGCAUUUGGUGCUGCUUUUGUCAAAUUUGUCAAUUGGUGGCCCAAAAAGUUUAGAACCAAAAGAUGGAUUAAAAACAAUCCAUUAUUUGAAGUGUUUUUAGUUGCUGCGCUAACCGGUAUAGUUACAUUUUGGAAUCCGUACACGAAACAAGCUUCAGCUGAAUUGAUUUUGGACUUGGCGACAUCGUGCUCUGGUGGAGAGCCUGAUCGGUCCCUUUGCCCUACAACCCGAGACCAGUAUAUUUCUGAAAUAGUUUCUUUGCUUACUGCAUUUAUUGUCAAACUUGUUUUGACAUUCAUAACAUUCGGACUCAAGUUGCCAUGUGGCAUAUAUGUACCAUCAAUGGUUAUUGGUGCUUUGUACGGUAGGGUCCUUGCCAUGUGCAUUCAAUUUAUAGGCUUGAUCCUUAAAGACACAAGCACACUUUCAUUUAUGUGUAUGCCCAACUCUACCAACUGUGUAGAUAUGGGUAUUUACGCAAUGAUUUCAGCUGGUGCAUUUAUGGCUGGUGUUACAAGAAUGAACAUUACUAUAGUUACAAUCUUGUUUGAGUUGACUUCCUCAUACACAUAUGUGUUGCCCAUUUCUAUAGCUAUUGCAGUUGCUAACUGGUUUGGUGGGUUAUUUGAGAAAAAUUCACUUUACGAAUCUUUGCUCAUUGCCAAUGAUUAUCCAUUCAUGUCUCCGGAAACAGAACCGAUUGACCCAAUGAUUAAUGCCAGAGAUAUAGUUGGUGACGACGUAGUUCCUAAACAGCAGCAGCAGCAGGAAGAACAGUAUCUGAAACAGCACUCGCACAAGACUGUUGAUAUAAGUGUUCGUGAUCUCUCCGAAGUCGAUGAGAAGAUUUAUAUUGACCUUUCAGAUCUGGACCUGGUACUGUUUGACGUUUUGCAACAGAAAUUAAUUCUUUUAGCCAACAAAUGUUUGCUUGAUGGGUGUAUCCCAUUGCUUAAGAAUGAAGUUUGUGUGGGUUUAUUGUAUUUUACUGAGUUGGAGAUUUGCUUGGAUAGAAUACUUUCUUUUUCACAAGAGUUUGGUAUCAAUUGCGAGAACGUUAGUUGCAAAUUGCUAAAUAGUACAUUGUCCCCAGUUAGUUCAGUAAAACUCACACAACCGGAGGACUAUUUUUCCUAUGGCUCAACCAUAGAAUCCAUAAUUGGCCAGGAAGAAUUUCGAAUCAUUUUCGAAGAUUUGUUGGAUUUGACAAAAUUUUUUGACACAAAUCCAAUUUUUGUUAACGAAGAUAGCGAAUUAUCCUUUACACAUUUGAUUUUCGAUAGGAUUGGGAAUAGGGUUAUUGUAUUAUUGAGAAAUGGUAAGUACAGUGGUGUAUUGCAUAAGAAAGUAUUGAUAGACUAUUUACGCCGCGCAGCAGAGCCAUGA